AUAUACAAAUAUAUUAUACUGUGUAUUGAAAAUGAUAAAAGCAGAUUAGGGAAGUGAUAUAUCCUGUAAACCGUUAGAUGGAAUCUUAGCUUAGGUUUUGGGUAUUUGAGUUGCAAUAUUUGGUGAAGUUCAGCCUGUGGCAAAGCUCCGAUGCAUUUCUGGAUUGACAAGCGCAGCCAGUGCGCUUACAGCGGCCGACACCGCGUCCCCUCCUCUUUGUCAGCUGGUGUGGGGAGGUCCCGCGGGCGCGUAUGUGCGGCGGCGGGGCGCAAAGGCAUGGCGGCGCCUGUGCACCGCUUCGCGCCUGUCGACUGUGGGCCGCGCCGCGCACGCCCGCUCCGACACUAUGGCCCACCACCAAUGCCCGCAGUGCAUUCAAGCAGGCGCCAAAACGAAGAGAACAGCCUCUAUGUAGAGAUCCCUCCAGAGCCCCCACAACCCACGAUAGCCAGCCUCGCGGCCGCUCGCAGCGUGACCCCCGACACGCUGCUGCGGACCGCAGCCCUGGGGCUCCACCACUCGCCCAUGAUGGCGCCACAUCUCAAGUUUGGGAUGCUGGUGUCUUUCGCGCUCGCCACAGUCUUCCUAGCUGGCGCUAAAUACUAUUUCGAUAGACAGCUGGUGCGCGGCAACGGCGGCAUGUCGGAAGGCAGCGGCGAGGCGGGCGUGGUGUGCGCGGCCGUGGCCUGCGUGUGUGGCGUGGGCUGCGCGCUCACCAUAUGCCGCGCGCGCCCCACGCCGCCGCCGCGCACGCCCGAGCGCGUCUCCUCCACGGCCCGGCGCCCGCUGCCCAGGACGCCCACGCGCAACACCGACACAAGAGAGGUGACAAUAUCUGAACCCACCGAAGACAUAUCUCUGACAAUACUCAGCCGCCCCGAGCGAGACCCAAUAAUACCACAAACUAUCACCUCCCCGGGUGCAAGCUCCGAAGCCCCGCCGCCCUACCACAUCGCCGUACUCCUGCCCGCCAGGGCUCAGUCCCCGCCGCCGCCAGCGUACUCCGCCCUCAGCUAGCCCUCGACCUGCACGGCGCCCGAGCUCAUCAUAUAAUGGGCGACAGUCGACACCGUGCUUAUAGUAAAGUGAACAUGUGAACCCUCGAUAGUAAAUCUGUGAAACUACCCUCGGUCACGACUACUUAUGAAAUGUGUGAACUUUGUUGUAUCAUCAUCAGAAAUGAUUUUUACUAUGUUAGGCCGAUCACAUAUAAUCAGAAAUUAUCUGUCAGAAAACUUUUUACCGCGCUCACUCUGCGUAUAUCAGAAGCGUACGUCCGAUGUCAAAUUCUGUCAUUCUAAGGACGUAGCAAAGUACCUUCCAGAGUGCAUUUUUUCUUUCUGACAGUCAUUUCUGAUAUUGUGGCUACUUUUGUUCACAAUCUCUAAACUAUUAGAAAGGCUUAAAUCUAUUGCUAUCCUUUUCCGCAGGGAGCAUUUUGAAAGGGAUAGAAAUAUAUUUAGACAUUUUAGUUUUGAAAUUGUGUGCAACAGAAUCUCUCAGAGGUUAACCCUCUCACUCAUUCUUUCUUGCAAAGUAUUUUUUGUACUUUGCAUAUUAUGGAAUUUCGCGAAAUAUCUGCUUCUAUCUAUGAAAAUAGUGUUUUUGGUUUCAUUUUGAAAAUGUGUGCUAUAAAAUAUAAUAUAAUGAAAAUGAAUAAUAAUAUUAUGAAUGUGAAUCUCGGUGUAGAUGGACUGUAUUCCAAAAUAGAUAAAUGUUAUUAUGUGUUGUGUCAGGACCAACAUAUUAUUGUACAAUUAAAAGUAAUUGAGUAAAUAUAAAAAAUAUUAAUUUGAUUUCAAUGAAUUUGAUGUUGUUAUGCAAAACCUAUUGAAUCCAAUGUUUCAGUGGAACUUAAAUGCUCAUGACAUUGUUAAUCCAUUUUUGUAAUUAAAAAAUAGUCUGUCUGACAAGGUUACGAAUUUUCUUUAUAAAAUGUUUUGAGUCUCCUUAUGCAUAACCACUUCUAAUAAUAAUUACUAAUUAAAUUACAUAAUUUGAUGUAAUCUGUGUGCCUUUUUUUUAUCUUUUAGAUAAACAGAUGCGGUAGAUAGUUUAUGGUAUAAAUACAAAUGAUUGAACUUUCCACUUUCUGUUACUGUAUCGUGUAAUCUAAUUUACCUAAUCCAGAUCUCAAGAAAUCUAGUUUUGAGGAAUCAAGUACUUAAGACAUCCUACAAUUUUGAAACAAAUCUUAUCUUGAGAUAGGGGAUUUACA